UUUCACCUCUUCAUCGUUUACAUUAAUAUCAUGGCGAGUCUUGAAAUUGAACCCGAGAACGAACUACGGUUUAAAUUGAGUGAAGAAGAACAGACUCCGCGAUGUACCAUGACUCUUACCCAUCCGGGCGGUACAGACGAAGCUCUGGCCUUUAAGGUGAAAACCACGCAGCCCAGGCGAUACCUGGUUCGUCCCAAUCAAGGUCUGAUCAAACCGGGAGGUAGCGAAACCAUUCAAAUUCUACUCGUCGAAAAAGACAAACAAGCCCUGAUGCAAUCCUUCCAGCGUCUAGGUCAAUCGGCACUGGAUCAUUCGAAAGACAAAUUUCUCGUGCAGUCUUGCGCGGUAUCGCAGCAGUUCGCUUCUCAGUACGAUGAUGCCGGCACGGGAUACGAUGCACUGAGCACUAUGUGGACCUCGGUCACCGCUGCCGGUUCGCGCACCACAGUUUCUAACAAAAAGCUUCACGUCAAGCAUGUGGUGAGCGAUGUAUCAAUCCCUCGAUCGAGCACGGCAUCGCCCUUACGUCCGCAUGAACCUACUUCAGCCCAAACGCUGGAAUCCAUGUCCCCCGAACAACUUUUGAGCGAGGUUGCUACCCUCCGUCGCAAGUACGACGAACUUGUUGGAUUUUCCGUGAAUCUCACUGCUGAACGAGACAUUCUCAACAAUACUCUGGAACAAGCAAAGCGAGACUUGGAUCGCGAAGUAAAAAAGUCUGCCUUCAGUGACAAUAAACGCAACGUGCGACAUGGUACAAUCUCGGAUACGAUUCCGAAGCGGUCUCUGGGAUCGUUGGUGCUAGUGGCAAUACUUUUCUUCGUGGCCGGUCUCAAGCUAGAGCAAAGCGGAAAUUCACGAAUUCUUCGUCAUGUUCCAGUUGUUGGCAGAAUGCUGGAGGGUGCCACAACUGCCAAAAAUGUUGACUCGGUCACACCAGCACCCGAAAG